UCGGAGUGCGCUUUAUUCCUUAGUGAUGUGAGGUAGCAACCGAGACACCAGCGCAUUCGCUUCAGCGGGCAAGUGGAGGGAGGGUGUGUGUUGGGAAUACAAAAUAAAAAAUAACAUAGUGAAUUGCUUUUGAAGUUGGAGACGAGUCGAGAGGGAGACUUUUUGGGGAUUUUAAAAGGGGAGGGGGUGAAAUGUUUUAGGAGUGACGUCAGAGAAGAAAGUAUGCACCCCUGGAGACGGCUGUGUUCCUCACCGCUGCUCAAGCCCCAUUCAUGGCAGCAGCGGGGGGGCCACUAGUUGCAGUAAAGUCUGUCCCGGUGGCUUUCCAGGGCAAGCCCCGGAAAAGCACCGAUCUCAAGUGCACGGAGAAUGCUGAAAAGCAGCGGGGCAGCCCAAGAAAAAGGGACUGCGGCUGCGAUAUCUUGUUGGGAGCGUGCAGGGCAAGGAGCGUAAGCCCAGCUGCAGUACCACCAACUCCGCCCGCGCCUGCCAGCUUGCCCCCGUCUUCUCCGCAAGAGCGACACGGGCUCCACAGCAACCGCCCCCCCAGGCUAACUAGCAUGGAAGAGGAUGUGAUACUUCAGCAACUUUCUUCAGGUACGCAGACUGCGGGCAGACGGGUAGAAGCCAUCAAGGCAACCCGUGGUCACAUCCACUCUAACCCCGGGAAGCUUCUGUUUAAAAAGAGAAAGGAAUUGCUGACUGCGGUGGUAGAGGUGCUGGAAAAAGAUGCCAGACGAGACGUCAAAGCCGAAUGUGUGCAGCUGGUCUGUGACAUAGUCCAGAUACCGGACCCGGAGCUGGACCGCUUCAGGCAGGCAGUGCUGCCUGGGCUGCUGAGCGAUCUGAAAGACGAGAGCCCGGCAGUGCGCAAGGAGCUGGUUCAAACUUUGCACAAGUGUCUGAAGUACAGCCACAGCCCGGAAAAGAUGUUAUCAACGCUGGUCGAGCACGGCUUGGAAAGCCCAGAGGCCAGUGUCAGGACCGCCACAACCGUGAUUUUACCCAUUCUGCUUAACAAAGACUUUCACCGUGUCGACUUGUACGACAUAAUAGAGGCUUUAACCAAGAAAUUUACCAAUGUCAGUCGCAGCAGCGGCCCUAACGACCCUGUGGUGGCGUUCUCCACUUUGGAUUACAUACGGCAACACGUUGUUGUCGGGCAAGAGGAAUUUAAUGCUUACCUGAAACGCCUGCCCCCCGGCAUGAGGCGAGAUUAUAACCGUUUUAUAGAUGAUAACUUUGAGCAGUUUUCCCUUGACCCAGAGUCUAAUAAUAAUAAUAACCCGAGAUCGGCAAAAAAGAGAGGCAGGCGGCCCAGCCCAAGACCCACAGCGGCAGGCUCCAGAGGCAGCCCCUCUCUAAAUGAUGCCCCUUUGAUUUUGUCACCUUUGAAGGAGCACAGCGGCAUGAAGUAUGGCAUUGUACCCCUGGACCUGCACAGCCGGCUGCUGGACCUCAAGGACUACAAGGCCAGGACCCACGCCGUGGAAGAGCUGAAGAGCGUCGUCUCCCACACCGAUUUGUCUUCUGUGCCUUCUGCCAAUGUGCUCGGGCUGAUCGGGUUCCUGUGCAGCCUGCUCGAUGACAGCAACUUCAAAGUCACGCACAGCACUUUGGAGAUCCUCAACUUGCUGGUGGUCAAGCUGGGGCGCCACGUGGAGCGCUUCCUCCGGGCGAUGGUGACCACCGCGGUCAAGGUCCUGGGAGACAACAAGGCAGUCACCAAGCAGGAGUACAUGAAGGUCUACAUGGGGCUGAUGAAGAACGCCGGCCCCCAAAAGCUGCUGGACCUGCUGCUGGAGAACGUCAAGCACAGGAACUCCAAAGUCCGAGAGGAGGUCAUCAAUAUCAUCAUUGCCUCCCUCCUGACCCACCCCAGCGAGGACUUUGACCUGCCGAAACUCUGCUUCGCCGUGGCUCCAGCCCUGGCUGACGGCAAGAGAAAGGUCCGGCAUGCCGCGCUGGAAGUCUUCGCAGUUUUGGCUUCUUCCAUGGGAUCCGGCAAAAUGCAACCCCUGGUCAAGGCCGUUGACCAGGUCGAGCUGCACGAAGACGUGGAUGGCCUGAUGGCUGCAGUUCAAGCCCGUCUGGCUAGACGGACUCUCCCGAAGCUGACCGCACACGGCUUGGUGGAGUAUGCUGUCCCCAUCGCAUCCUCCGCUCAUGGUAGAGCUCCUCAGCCGGUGCCUCAGGGAGCCGAUACGGAGUGGCUGCUUGGGGGCGGAAGGACCUCCAGCGCGACCAGCAACCGGGGGGACACAGAGAGGGAGCCCCACCAGGGCCACAGGUCUACCAGCCCACAGGGCGAGGAGACCACGAUGCACAGAAGGGUGCUGAGCGCCAGCAAAGGGAAGAAUAAACUGCCUUGGGAAAACACCAACACCCCAGCCAAGACACCCUUCCAGCCAGCCAAAGCACCCAACGAUACUGAUACUAUUACAAAGGAACAGGUUUCACAAUCUCCUAAACUGAGGCGUUCACCAACACCGCCAGCAAACGAUGAGCUGUUCAUCACCAGAAAGUCAGCCGUGAAACCUGCCAAGCAGGGCAACGUGCAGGCCGUGAAUUUGGAGAAUUCAAGCACUUUGACAAGCGCUGGUGCAGCAGAGUGGCACCAGCCCCGCAUCUCAGGAAAGCAGGGGCUCCUCGGGUACUCCAGGAGCAGCGGCAGUGUGGAUUCAGAUCUGCAGUUUUUGGGGACCAGCAGCCAGUUGGAGAAAGCACCCCUCCACGCCAGUCUGAACCUCUCCACCAAGCCCCAGAGGGGCCUCUACAGCCACCCCAGCAUUGAGCGCACCCUGUCCGGCCCCAACAGUGCUGGCGGUGGCAGCAGCAGCAGCAUCGCCUCACAGGGUGCCUUCAUCCUGCCAUCGUACCCACUGUCCUCCCCCGGGAGCGGGCAGCUCCACACCACCCCUCCCAGGAAGGGCACGGAGGACAGCGUAGGAUUCUCCAACACCUGGCCCAGCAAGCCACUCGAUGGCACCUCCAACUCCAGCCCUUGCAAGAGGCUGCCCAGCUCCAGGACUGACGACACUCAAGUAGACCUGACCCAGGAGAAGCACUCUCCAGUCCCCCUGAAACCUGCUCUGAUUCGAACACCUUCCUCCCGUCGCGGCAUUAAUGGGACCAAGCCGGUGCCCCCCAUCCCAAGGGGGCCCUGCUUACCCAGCCUCGCUGACGGAGGAGGGAGGGAUCCCAAGAAGGCAGGGGGGACCGAGGAGUCUGGAGGAGAGACGAGCCUCGCGCUGGACCUGUCCGAGCUGGACGUGAAGGAUGAUGAACCUGACCACGAAGAGAUGAUGAGCUCCCUCCGCUCCCUGCGGUACAGCGCAGCGAAGAAGCGAGCAAAGCUGAGUGGCAGCCCCCCGGUGGCCGAGAGCCUGGACUCUGCGCUGAAGCUGGAGCUGACCCUGGACUUCUCCUCCCUCGCCUCGUCCACUUUCACCAGCCCCAUCAGCGAGAGUGGCGUCUCCAGCCCUCCGGAGCCCCUGAGCUCCCCGCUCGCCCCCACACCCCCCACCAACACCAAUACACUGCGGAACCACAGGACCAUGUCUGAGAGCUUCAAUCCAUUUGCCACAAGACCACGCCUGGCAGCCACACCAGACAUGAAGAGCACUCGCCCUGUGGAGUACAGCCCUGACCAAGGAGUGUCCUUCCGCGACAGAGCAACAUCGGAUGUGAGUGUCGUCGGGCAGAGAAUGGGAUACACGAAUGGAGCUGUGGAGGUUGAGGAGGGGAGGCUGGGAGAACCAUCUCUGACCACUGCUAAAAUGCACAGAGGCUCAAAGCCCACUAAAGGUUCCCCAGCAUCCUUGGGGAACACGCAGCAACAAAAUAACCACGAAGUGACCUCUACCAGCGGAAUGCAUGAAGAUUCUGUUGUCAUUGUUGGCAAAGGUGUGUUUGGAAGCCCAACGGCUUCGUUGACCUACAGCCAGGCCAUGCUGUGCUCUGCAGAGAACGGGGACAGUGCUGGGAAGCACGGCACAGAGACCCCCCCCGCCGUCUACGGGAAAUCUGUCCAUCAGAACAGCCACGGCACCUUUGAGAGCAGCGACCAGGCUGAAAGAGAAGUGACAGUGGCCAUCUCCAAGUCAGCCCGUGAUAAGAUGAGAUGGAGGAAGAACAGGGUAGAGAGGGAGCAGCUCCUGAGGGAACAGGAGAGGAAGGAGAGACUGGAGGAGAGCCUGAGGGAGCGCCUGAGGGCAAUCGACGUCGACAGCAGCCCGGACGAUCUGAGUGUGAACGGAGGUGUGCUUCUGAAAUCCAAGGCUGAGUCUGUGUCAGCAGAAAGCACCCCCCUCAGCCCCCCUCCCUUGAAAUUGGCGCCUAGCUUGAGGAAGGCACGCUCCCCCAGCUCAGACGAGGUGUCUGCUGGCUCCCAGCCCCAGCGCAAGCAGAGGGCCAGGUCCGCUCCCCGCACCAGUGAGACCGUGGAGCCCUCAGACGUGCGGCCCUUCUCCAAACCCGAGCAAGCGCUCCCCGAGGCCCUCCGGCUCAUGGCUGACGACGACUGGGAAAAGAAGAUCGAAGGCAUUGGCUUUGUAAGAACUUUAUCCAUCUACCAUCCGGAUGUGCUGGCGACGAGGCUUCACGACAUAGCGCUCGCUGUGAUUCGCGAGGUGAAGAACCUGCGUUCGGGCGUGUCCCGUGUGGCGGUGUUGUGUCUGGGGGACAUGUUCACCCACCUGAAGACCAUGGAGCAAGAGCUGGACGGCACCGUCAGAGUGCUGCUGCACAAAGCAGGAGAGUCCAACACCUUCAUCAGGGAGGACGUGGACAAAGCCCUGGGCGCCAUGGUCAGCAACGUGACUCCGGCCAGAGCGCUGUGCGCACUCAUCGCUGGGGGCUCCAGUCACCUGAACUCCGUGGUGAGGAAAUGCACCGCGCUGCAUCUCUCUGGGCUGGUGGAGAGGAUGGGGCCAGGCCGUCUGCUCUCCGGAAUCAGAGACGUUACCGAUCGACUCUUACCAGCCGUUGCAAAGUUCACCCAGGAUAGCUCUCCGGAAACCAGAUACUACGGCCGUCGGAUGAUUUACCUCAUGAUGUCACAUCAAGACUUCGACAAAGUGCUCGAAAAAUAUUUAACGCCAAAAGACCUGCCGUACAUCAAGGAUACUGUGCACACUCUACGGCUGAAGGGCCUGGGAGAAAUCCCCCAGGACGCCCCAUCGGCAAGGGGGAGACGAUCACUCCCUGGCAGCGGCACGAUCCGGGCGUCUUCCAACACCCGGGACCCCCACAGCUCCAUCGCCAGAGAGCCCGGCGAGUCGACCUGGAAGCCAGCUGUGCGGAACCUUGUGGAUAACCACGAGUUCAUUAAGCAGCUCACCGGCACGCUCAACUCCAAGGACUUCAGGGAGCGUGUCAAAGGGAUCCACCAGCUGGUGUCAGAAUGUGAAACAAACCAGGACCUUGUUGUUUCUAACAUGUUUCCGAUUUUCGAUGCCUUUAAGACCCGCCUGCACGACUCCAACAGCAAAGUGAGCCUGAUGGCCCUGGAGUCCCUGCAGAAGAUCAUCCUCUUGCUGGGGAACCACCUGUCCCAGGUCGUCUACAUCCUGGUCCCUGCCAUUGUGGACACCAACCUAAACUCCAAGAACAGCGCGAUCUACACUGCGGCCAUCAAUGCCCUGCACUGUCUGUCUGAGCAGCUAGAUAACAGCAUGCUGCUCCAGCCUUUCUGCACCAAGGCUCAGUACCUGACUGGGAGGGCCAAACAGGACAUGACUGAAAAGGUGGCAGAUCUCGUGACAGAGCUGUAUCCACGAAAGCCUCAGCUGGUGGAACAGAGGGUGCUGCCCCUCCUGUGGCACCUCGUGAGCAAUGUGAGCAGCGGCAGCACUCUGCCAGGGAAGGGGAGCAGCAUGCGGGGCUCCACCGCCAAGCUCUGCCAAGCUCUCUCCGCACACAUGGGCGACAGCAACCUGCUGAGCCUCGCCGCCAACAAGUCUCCACAAACCAGCAAGAACGUACUAGAACUGCUGGAGAUUACUACCUGAAUCCACAAUCGAAACACGCACUGACACACUCACACACACACACACACACACACACACACACAGACACACACAUGGAUUUAAAAAACUACAAUGAAAAAAACUAUUUUAGAAAAAACCUAAAAAGAAAAAAAAAUCAAUCUACAGCAAGAUGUUUGCUUGAGAACGAAUGACAUUAUUUUACAGUGAUGAUCACAGUGCCUGCACUUUUUUAAUGGGGAGAAUUUCCAAAUAGCACAAGAGGGAAGCGAGCGUCUUGGAAUCAACACUACAUAAGCGCUAGAUCCGAAUCAAAAGAAGAGAACUAGACUGAGAUUAUUCAAUGAAAGACUUCCUGCGCAGUGUGAAGAACACAAAUAUAUAUUAUGAGCACCAGAUCAGGUUGAACGCCUUUUUUUAAAAGCAGGUUCCCCCCCACCCAAAAAAAACCAAAAAAAACCCCAACGUUGCUAUUUUUGCACACCACGGAGCCAGCACACAUUGAAGCUGUGUGGAUCAGUUACGAAUAUAAAAUGAGCACGAACUUCUGAAAAGUUGCUACAGAAUGUACGUUCCUAUAAUGCACAAAAUACAGUUCCUGUUCAAAAUUGAACAUGUAUGUGAGUUUUUCUUUUUGUUAACAUGUUGCAAAGAUCUUUGUGAUUCACUGGGAUGUCUUUAAAGAAAAAAAAAAAGUGACUGGGGUUUAGUGUUUUGUAUCAGUCUUUAUGACAAAAACAAAAAAAAUAUUUCAGUGGUUCUCAAACUUUCUAAAAGUGCGACUCCUCUUAAAUGGAUCCUCUGUGUGUUAUUAACAUGCAUCUCAAUAUAUUAAAGGGAUCCUCUCUGUAUUAUUGACAUGCAUCUCAAUAUAUUAAAGGGAUCCUCUGUGUGUUAUUGACAUGCAUCUCAAUAUAUUAAAGGGAUCUUCUGUGUUAUUGACAUGCAUCUCAAUAUAUUAAGCGGUGGGACGUUUCAAUAUUAUUUAAUAAUAUUGACAGGUACAAUUUUUUAAUUUGGUCGAAAAACAGAAGUAUUAUUUGUACCAAAUCACAGUAAAAUAAAAGACAAACAAAAACAAACGGUACCCCAUGAAAUUCUCAACGAAAGAAAGCAGAGAAGCGCUGUUCUGAACAGCAGAAUGUGCGUUAUUUAUUGCAUGUCAUGUAUGCACUGGCUUCCUUUGCAUUCAUUACAUGGUUGCUACAGCCGUAUUUAAAUUCUGUCUUGUUUAGCGAAUGCAAGCUUGGUGAUUUGUUCCACUGAAUACAUCUCGAGCAGUGUUUGCUCCAAUAUUACUUGUCCCAGCGCUGCAAUAUAUUAUGAUACAGUGGACCCUGUUCACAAAGCUUUAGCUCAGGUGUUUCUUAAAGAAUGUGUUUUUUAUAUAUAAUUGCACAGCUGUCUAACAGCUGUAUGUCUAACAUAUCUGUCAGAAUGGGCACUUUUUUAAUUAUUUACUAGAUACUGAUAGCAUGAGCACAGCCAAACCCAGACCUCUUCUAUCACAGAACUGAUGCCACUGGGCUCCACGCGCACAACCAAACCCAGACCUCUUCAAUCACAGAACUCAUUCCACUGGGCUCCACGUGCACAGCCAAACCCAGACCUCUUCAAUCACAGAACUCAUUUUGCUGGGUUUCUCGUUGUACAGUAUUUGUGAUUUAUUAUUA